GUACUUACUUAGUGCGCACGCAAAAUGUUCGUGGAAGGAGGAAAUGUGUCGUGAAGAAAACAAGUUCCAAUUUUGCUGCUUGCUAAUAAAAAUUUUACUGUCGUGUCGUGCCAAACUUCAACUCUAAAAACCUAAACUUCACAAUAGAAGAAUAAAAAAAAUUCAGUCACUGUUCUGCUCAACCAACCAACGGCGCUUAAUCGCCUUCGUUGCAAUAAGACCUAACCUUGACGGCAACAAUUUGGCUUCCAACCAGUGGGGUUAGAAAAAUUCAAGACGUCACCCACAACAAGAAGCAGCGACAUACUGAAGGAAUUGAUCCAUCGUUUAGCAUAAACCAUCGAGGAAUUCCUCUAUGGAACAAACCUAUCGACAAACAAAAUGUUUGGACUUGAACUAUGUUUGUUUGAGGUUAUUGAAGAGAUUAAAUUUUAUACUAAUGUACAGUAUCACAUAUUAUCUAAUCAAUAACGAAAUGAUAAGAAUAAAAGAACUUUGACAGGUUUAGUGCACCGCAGCCGAUCAAAGAUGCCAUACGUUUGUGCCGAUUACAGCAAAUACAAAUUCGUGAAUGUCUGUUGGAACUCGGAAAAUGGAAUUGCGACUGUUACGUUAAAGCGACCUCCCGUAAAUAGUUUGACGGCUGAAUUCCUUAGGGAAUUAUCGAGUUUACUUCUAGAUUUAGAGAAGGACGAAACGCAAGGUCUAAUUUUCACAUCGGAGUUUGAUGAGAAGGUCUUUUCCGCGGGACUGGACUUUAAAGAGUUGUAUCGGCCCUCCAUCGACCAUGCAAAGGAGUUCAUGUCACUAUUGCACAGUUUCAGCUUUAGGCUAAGUUGUACGGCUUACCCAACCGUUGCAGUAAUCAACGGACACGCGCCUGCCGGUGGAUGUAUCAUUCCCCUGUGUUGUGAGUACAGAAUCGGUUUGAAUAAUUUCAAUAUUGGACUUAAUGAGUUAAAAUUCGGAAUCUUAUUGCCCGAUUGGCUUUCUUCUUUAAUGAUCCAUACUAUUGGUUCGAGGAACGCUGAGCAGGCAAUACUCUCGGGAACACUCUUCUCUUCAGAACAUGCUUUGAGGAUUGGUCUUGUUGACGAAAUUGCUCCCACUAAGGAAGUUGCAUUAGAAAAAGCUACCGCUUUUUUAAACAAAGCAAAAAUCGUCAACCGCUCCCUAAGGUUGGACGCAAAGUUACACUUAAGGCGUCCGAUCCUACAGGAAUUUCAAAAAGACAUAGAAAACGAGCUAGCCAAAAACGUUUCGCUUUUGAUGAGUGACAAGGUACAACAAUCGCUCGAUGCCCAUAUUAAAAUCUUGAAAGAAAAACGAGGAAACUGACACGUUUUGUUUAUGUUUCUUAGUGUAAUGUAAUAAAUGUUUUCAAUAUUAAACAAAACCAAGUCGGUUGGGGCAAUAGACUACGAAUCUCAAGAGGAGCAGGGUUUGAUCCCCGGUUCGCCAGAUCAUCUUUGGUGUCUGCCUUUGUGUCCGUGGAGAUAAUGAUAGGCGACUAAAGAACGGGUUUUGGCCAAAUUUGCCCCAUUACAGAUGCACAUAAAAGGGAGACUAUGGUUAUUAUACAAAUCUUCCAUUUCAAAAGUAACCAUCCAUUGUAAUUUAUGGUAAACGUUUCACUUCGCGCAUAAUUGCAUUCCGGUGCGGUGCAUGCGGCAAAACAUGAAAUUUAAUUUCUCGGCUUAUCGCUGAUAGCCCUACGACUAUCUCCCGUGGACGCGUCCCCACCUUUUCAAUUUUCCAAAUACACCUUCAAAAUGGUAGUAAUCCGUUCCAGCGCCCAUUUUAAUUCGCUUUACCAAUAAACUUGAUCUCCCUUCACCAAUCCCAUGUUUAGGAAAGCAAUUACUAGAUACCUGGACCAGAACCCUUAGCUGUAACGGAUCACGAGUACUUCUGCUCCAGCCUACUCCUGGUUAAUCCUUAUACAUCUUAAUUAAAUUGGGGGUGGUUAUUGUUAUGUAAGUUAUUAUGUCAUGUACUCCGGCUCGCUGUCAGUCAGUCAAAAUCCUCUUCUGGUCCCUGGAAAAGGGUAAAGGGAUAAAUAAUAAGUCAAUAAUAUUUAUUAAAGUAUGAAAUGGUUUUUAUUUUCUUUAAAGUAUAUCUUUGCUGAAAUAGAAUAGCAGAU